CUCAUGAAUGCGUAGUUAGACAUUUUAAAAACGAUUUCAACUGAGUUAGAGCUUUCAGAUGUUACGUUGCCCUAGCAAGAGACCGACGACAAGGCUUUUCAAUCACUCCAAGUUUUCUCUUUUCUUCAGAACGAUGACAAAUUACACCAUUGAGAUUACCUCAGACACCGUGUGCCCGUGGUGCUAUAUAGGUACAUCUCGCCUCCAACGAGCCAUCGCAGAGCACUCAAAAGCCAAUCCUGGCGACACAUUCGAGCUUAAAUGGCACUCGUUCUACCUAAGGCCUGACGGACCCGGUUUCCCCGGCGUCAACAAGCUGCAAAUGUACGAAAACAGGUUCGGCGACCCUGCGCGAGUUCAAGCUAUGAUGAAGAGAAUCGGGGCCAUAGGAGCCGAGGAAGGAAUCAAUUUCUCCUUUGGCGGCAAUACGGGCUCAACGAGGGAUUCGCAUCGCCUUAUCCAUCUUGUUGGCAAGCAUUACGGCUCGGAGAAACAGACGGAGGUUGUGAAGGCGCUGUUCAAGAAGUAUUUUGAAGAGGAGCAGAAUAUCACCGAUAAGGAGGUAUUAGUUGACGCCGCGGUCAAAUCGGCUGCACAGAUACCUGAGAAGGAAGUCAGGGGAUGGCUGGAUUCUGAUGUUGGUGGUGCUGAGGUUGAUCGGGAAGCCAGACAAGCGAGACUAAACUCGAUAACAGGGGUGCCAUUUUUUAACAUUCAAGGCAAGUAUUCCGUUGAAGGCGCGCAGGAUGCUGCGGAAUUCUUGAGAGUAUUCAUGGCAGUCAAAGGGGUGGAGUAAAGCGGGUUUAUGGAGUUUACGCCUUCAGUCACAUAUUCAUAAUGCGAAAUUGAUAUUGUAUUCUUGGGUGUCGUUGCCUGCAAGCGACAUUUUUGACUAUCCUCUCUGAGAAUUUGUUGCGCUUGGCUGUUUCGAUCAGCGCAUAAAUUUUUCGGGAUGCGGUACUUCUUUUAGAUAUAUGAUGCUGUCAAUAUGAUAGUGCUGGAAGAUAUUGCGAUAUGUACAGCAUACCAGCUUCCAGAUAAUGCUUCUCACACUUUGUUGAUUCUUAACAUGUUAACGGCAAUCAUUUGAUCUCUUCCUGUCGCUGCCGGGUCACUGGCGCGUUCAUCAAUUCUCGCCCGUUCUUUGGCCAGAUGCUGCCCGGGUCGGAAGUUGCCACGAUAGUAUCAUAAUUUCCCAAGGUCAAAAAUUGCAAGAAUGGAUUGUACGAAACUAAUCAGAGAAUGAACGGACCCUAGGUGUUUCGAUCAAAAUCUGCCGAAAUAAGGUUGUACGGCAAAAUUUCCUAA